AUGAGGGGAGAGAAUAAGACAUUGGUGGAAGAUUUCAUUCUCCUGGGACUCUUCCCUGAGUUUAGACAUUCUGGCAUCUUAAUUUCUAUUCUCCUCCUGAUCUAUGUAAUUGCCUUUAUAGGAAAUGCAUUCCUUAUUAUCUUAAUCUGGAGGGACUCUCGGCUCCACACUCCUAUGUACAUACUCCUCAGUCAGUUGUCCUUAAUUGAUUUGACUUUAACUUCGACCAUAGUCCCUAAGAUGGCAGCUAACUUUUAUUCUGGAAUAAAAACUAUUUCUUGGAUUGGCUGUGGCACCCAGAGCUUCUUCUUUUUGACAUUAGGGAUGUCUGAGUGUCUUCUUCUAACACUCAUGGCCUAUGAUCGUUAUGUGGCUGUCUGCAACCCACUACAUUAUCACAUAAUCAUGAACUUCAGAGUUUGUCUUCAGAUGGCAAUUGGAUGUUGGGUUGGAGGUUCUCUAAGCUCCCUAGUCCAUACAGUCUACCCCAUGCAUUUCCCCAUCUGUGGUUCCCGGGAAAUUCACCAUUUCUUUUGUGAGGUACCAGUUAUCUUGAAGCUCUCUUGUGAGGACACAUCAGUCUAUGAAUUGGUGGUGAUGAUCACAAGUAUAGUGUUGCUUGUUGUGCCUUUUAGUCUCAUUACAGCUUCUUACACUGCCAUCUUCUUCACUGUCUUCCGGAUGAACUCUGUCAAGGGGAGAAGGAAAACCCUGGCCACCUGCUCCUCCCACCUAACUGUAGUGAGUCUCUUUUUUGGACCAAAUAUCUUUAUCUAUAUGACCCUCAGUUCUUCUCAUAGUCCAGAGCAGGACCAGGCUCUUUCUGUUUUUAGCAACAUCCUCACUCCUAUGUUGAAUCCUGUUAUCUAUAGCCUGAGGAAUAAGGAGGUGGUGGCAGCUCUGAAAAAAGUGCUGGGGAAGUGUACAUCCUCACAAUAA